AUGGACAGUUUCAAAUCCAGCCCGCUCUACCCUAUAGAGGAGGUGACCCCUCUUGAUCACCAGAUUUUACGUGUUGGAGGCUCUACAUCCACUCUGGAUCAACUUCCUUCACGUCUUCAACAAUCCAAAAGCCAAAGAUCUCUGGGCCUUAGGGACGAAUUGGAAGAGCUGGCGUACGAGAAUAGCUAUCUCAAGGCGGAGCUUGCAUGGAAUAAAGAGACGCGACAAGUGCUUAUGCGUCUACACGGCAGGACCCUCGAAGCUGUAUCCAGCUUGAGAGAAGCCUUGACCGAAACCACCUCCCAGCUGCGGCGUUGUGAGGAGAGAUAUUUAGAGCUCUGGGGAAUUGCACCUGGAUGUCAGAACCCCGAAGGGAUGAUCUAG